AUGGCAGCGGGGCUUGGUUUAGGAAGGGUUCUGGUUCGUAUUGUACGUGGUAACCACAACGAUGGUGGGUGUCUUGACGUGGAGAUGUUCGACGCCACAAUGAGGCAUACGGUAGGUUGUUACGCCGUCGUGGGUUCCGUAGCUGUCGCCGUUAUACCAUUGCUGUACGCAUCGUUGCGAGUGUUGGCGGGGAGGCGAAAGGCGUUGCUCGUACGCACAGCCCAUUCUCUGUCACAUAUUUCUGCAGAUGCCAGGAUUGUUAAUGAGGAUUCUUCCUGUUCGUCGUUUCUUUACACUUCACGGGUAGCGUUGGCCUUACAGCGUGUUCUCGAUGCAGAGCGGGCUACAGAUGUGGAAUUUGCGAAAAUAUUUUCUAUUGAACUCGUACAUGCGUACGUGGAUGUGGUGCUUCGCAGUCUUCUGCGCUCCUGUUGUCGCCACUGCAUCUUCCACGUGAGUGUUUUUCUGGUAUGCACUGUACUUGCAUCAAGCAAUGUUCGUGUCGUGGGAGAUGCAGGUGACAGUGGCAGUUCAACUGUUGCCGUCGACACAGCGGUGAGUGAGUCACUGCUUUACGUGUUUCGGCAAGUGUGGUCGAAGUUGUAUCAUGGUGCUUUGCUGCAAUGUGCAGUGGAAGAAGUAUCAACUCCAUAUGCAUUUUUCAAUUUUAGUCUGUCCAGUCCUCGCAUGCUUGAGCGGUGCUUUCCGUGGAUUGGCGUCAUUCAUUACGCUGUGUCUCAUUGUCUUACCCCAGGCGUUCAUUUAUUUGGCCGUUGGAGAUCCCCCGACACGGCGGAUCGUGUUUGGCGUGUAAUGACUCCGAAAGGUUUUGCCGCAAUGUGGUGCUGCCGUUGUUUGUCGGAUGUGUUUCAACCAAAGUAUUUUGAGGCAAAGAUUGAGACUGCAGAGUACUCUUUACGAGGAGUUAAUGAGAAGCAAACAACAUGCAGAGUCCCCUAUAUUGAGGGCUGUAAUGGAGUCGAUAUCGAAAGGGAGCAGAGGCAUAAAAAACCUUGCACGAUGCCUUUGCUGCGACCUCUGACCUUGUUUGCGCUGCGUACAGGUAGAACAUCCAUGCUGGUGUUUGCCGUGACAUUUUAUGCUUCUAGGACAAAUUUAUCAUGGCUGCCAUUUCCAUGUGCUAGUGGCCCGCAGUAUGUGGCUUUGUGUUAUACAGAGAUGAUGUUGGUCUCACUUGGAGUAUUGUUUUUUUUCUUCGAAAGGUCGUGGAUCAAUCACUAUGGCAACGCUGUGAGGGCCGCGCGGCCAUGCUUUAAGGUAUCUGCUUAUAUGCAGUCACCCUCUGGGUGCACGUACUCGUCCUAUAUAUAUAUAUAUAUAUAUAUAUAUAUAUAUAUAUAUAUAUAUAUA